UAUCAGUAGGGAUCUCAACUGUGGGUGACAUGCUUGAGCAGAGUUAUGAAGUGUACAGAAAAAAGAUUCCUGGGUACGAUUUGCACCGCACCGCACAGAUGGGCUUCUCAGGGGCCACCGCCGGUGUAAUCUGCCAUCACUGAUUACCCAGAAUGCAGUCAAUGACCAUGGGCUUCAGAAGGUUGAUGACAAAUUUCCGCGGCUACAGCCCCGUCACCAAGUUCAGAAGAGUAGUGAAAGUGGCUUUCAGUGAUAAAUAUUUAUUAUACACAAAUGUUACAAUUUCCUUAAGUCUAUCAGCAUUAGGUGAUAUUGCAGAACAGAGCUAUGAACUAUACUGCAAGGAAUUAGAAAGCUAUGACUCAAAACGAACUUUACACAUGGCUUGUUCAGGAGUUGCUGUGGGUGUUUUGUGUCACCAUUGGUACAAAGUUUUAGACAAAUUUAUCAUAGGAAAGACUUUUGAUAUGGUUGUUAAGAAACUGAUACUUGAUCAGUUCAUAUUCUCUCCUAUAAUGAUAGUAACUUUCUUUGGAAGUUUAGCCUUGUUUGAGGAGGAUCCUUUAGAAAAUUUUAAAGAAGAAGUUAAAAGUAAAUUUAUUACUCUUUAUCAAGCCGAGUGGGUUGUAUGGCCGCCCGCGCAGAUCAUUAAUUUCUAUUUCCUCCCCACUAAAUACAGAGUAUUGUACGACAAUACGAUAUCAUUAGGGUAUGACAUAUACACCUCACAAGUUAAACAUAGCAAAGGAAAGAAAAUAUUUUUAGACAGUAAUGGUAAAAAACCCGAUUCAUCUUGAUGAUCAUCAUCAUUUUCUAGUACAAUUUACUUACUCAAGUAAUUAGUCACUGUAAGUGUCAGUCGGUAAGAAGUCUACUUGCGUCAUUCGUAGUUACCUGCACUGAAAGCAAUGCUGUGAUAAUCAACAAAUAAAUAUGACAAAAUACAUAUAUAUUAUUUAUAAUUUCGUCGUGAGAUUUCGAGCCUAGGUAUAUAGCCGAGAACAGUUAGGUCAGUUAUGACAUAGGUACCUGUCAUACACUCUGUCCGUCAGUGGUGUAUUGAGUAUGAGUAAUGGCCCAACACACGGCACCUUUAAUAAUUCUCGGCGUAAAAGCGGUUUAAAUGACAUGCAAUGUUUGUAAGUAGUAAUUUUAUUUGCCUUGUUUAUUGUAUGUAUUAUAUGUCAAUUAUACAUAUUGUUAUACAAA